CCCCCCCCCGUCCCGGACAACAUGGAGCACUGGAGGCAGUGCGCGGUCUGGCUGAUCGGCUGCAACGUGCUGCCCGUGAACCACCGGGUGACCGCGGACACGGCGCAGGUGUUCGACCUGGCGCAGACCCUGCGGGACGGGGUGCUGCUGUGCCAGCUGCUGAACAACCUGAGACCCCUCACCAUCAACCUGAAGGAGAUCAACCUCAGGCCGCAGAUGUCACAGUUCCUGUGCUUGAAGAACAUCCGCACGUUCCUGAAGUCGUGCUGCGACGUGUUUGGGAUGAAGAAGAGCGAUUUAUUUGAAGCCUUUGAUCUCUUUGACGUUCGAGACUUCGGAAAGGUCAUGGACACGCUGUCUCUGCUCUCGUACACAACAGUUGCAAAACAAGCAGGAUUCAAGCCCUUCCCGAUGGAGGACAGCCUGAAAGACGAGGACAUUUACAAUAAUCUGGAGGACUUGAUUGAUGAGAAUGCCCUUGAGGACGAGGACGACUUGUACGCGGUGGUCUAUGGGCUGGAGGAGGACCACGCUGGUGGAGAGAUCUAUGAAGAUCUCAUGAGGGCUGAGCAGCAUCCCCCACUGAAGCAGGCGGAGGUGGACGUGCGGAUCUGCUGCCUGACGGAGAUCAAACAGACGGAGGAGAAGUACACGGAGACGCUGGAGUCCAUCGAGAAGUAUUUCCUGAAUCCACUGACAAAGUUCUUCUCGGCGGCUGAAAUCGACAAAGUCUUUCUGAACAUUCCUGACCUGGUGAAAGUUCACAAGAGCCUGAUGGUUGACGUGCAGGAAUCCAUCCUGAACAAAAACGCCUUAAAUCUCUACCAGAUUUUCCUCAGCUACAAAGAGAGGCUGCUCAUUUAUGGCAUCUACUGCAGUCGGGUGGAGAUCGCCAUCGCUGUGUUAGACCUCAUCUGCAAAGAGAAGGAGGACGUUCGACUGAAGCUGGAGGAAUGCUCCAAAAGGGCCAACAAUGGGAAGUUUACCCUGAGGGACCUGCUGGUGGUUCCGAUGCAGCGAGUCCUGAAGUAUCAUCUGCUUCUUCAGGAGUUAGUCAAGCACACCCACGAUGCUGCAGACAAGAGUAACCUGAAGAUCGCUCUCGACGCCAUGAAAGACCUGGCUCAGUAUGUCAACGAGGUGAAGAGGGAUAAUGAGACGCUCAGGGAGAUCGACCAGUACCAGAGGUCCAUCGAAAACUUGAAUCAGCCUCUCAUCAGCUUCGGUCGGCCCAAAGGAGACGGAGAGGUGCGCUUGAUCUCAAAUGUUGACAAGAGGAAACAAGACAGACACAUCUUUCUAUUCGACGUGGCCGUCAUCAUUUGCAAGAGACGAGGAGACAACUACGAGAUGAAGGACGUGCUCGACCUCAACUACUUCAAGAUCACCGACAACCCCACGUCUGACAAGGAGGGGAAGAAGUGGUGCUACGGGUUCUACGUGACUCACCAGCAGGGCUACACGGGCUUUGAGCUCUUCUUCAAGACCAGAGAGCUGAAGAAGAAGUGGCUGGAUCAGUUUGAAAUGGCCAUAUCAAAUAUCCGACCAGAGAAAGCCAACCACAACUCCCACCAGUUCAAGAUGCACACGUUUGAGAGGAUCACCUCCUGUUGCUUCUGUCACCUCCUGCUCAGGGGCAUCUUUAACCAGGGCUAUCUCUGCAUCAAAUGUGGCCUGGGGGCUCAUAAGGAGUGUUUGGGUAGACUGGACGUGUGCGGGAGAACAGAUUUGGUGAAGCAGAAACCCAAGGAGAACUCAGCACCAGCAGACCCAGGUUUACCCAGGAUGGUUGUGAUCAGAGACUAUGGUGGCAUCCCUUAUCCCCAGUACGGGCCCCCACUAAGCAUUCAUGUGGGGGAUGUCAUUGAAGUGAUGUUUGCAGACCUGCACAGCUCCUGGUGGCAGGGCAAAAUCCUGGCGACGAGCAAGAUUGGCUUCUUUCCAAGCGACGCGGUGAGGCCCUGCCCGUGUGUUCCGAAACCUGUCGAUUACUCCGCCCAGCUCUGGUUUGCAGGGCCCUUGGAGAGAUACCAGGCGGAGGUGGAGCUCCAGGACAGAGGGAACGGCACCUACCUGGUUCGACACCGGAGCAAAGAAGGCACCGAGUACGCCAUCAGUAUAAAGUUCAACGAUAAGAUCAAACACAUUAAGAUUCUGACCAAGGACGGCUGCUUCUACAUCGCUGAGACUCGGCUGUUCAAGACUGUGCUGGACUUAGUGGAGCACUACAAGCAGCGCUCCCUGAAGGAGGGCUUCAGCAGUCUCGACACCACUCUACAGGUCCCCUAUAGGGAACUUACCAAUGGAAUCAUGCCCAUGGCCGUUACCAAAGCUGACAGUGUGUUCUCCCCCAGGGUGGUGGGUAUUGCAGUGGCCCGCUACGACUUCUGCUCCAGAGACACGCGGGAGCUCUCACUGCUGCAGGGAGACGUUAUCAAGAUCUACACCAAGAUGACCAGUGGGUGGUGGAAGGGAGAGCUGGGCGGCAAGGUGGGCUGGUUCCCCUCCACCUACGUGGAAGAAGAGGACUGACUUCGGAGUGACACUUCUUCCGUGUCCAUUCAAAGCUGACCGCCCCCGCCAGGCGCCGAGCUGCUCGUCCACUCUCUCUCUGUGCCCCGCAAGUCAGAUCUCUUUGAUAAAAGCCCAGAGACUCGGACUUGAGAGGAAGCGGCGGUGCCCUAGAAAACGCUUCCUCCUGCCCUCUGACAGACUCUCACACAGAGCAGAUGUCAAAUCACAGAUUCCGGGAGUGUCACUCCGUGUCUCGCCUCUCCGUGGUGCUGUCUGCCCCCGUGGUCCACCGGGAAGUGCAUGUGCUGUACACAGACGCCCCCCCCCCC